AUGAGUAAUAAAAGUCCAUAUCAUUUUGUGAAUUAUAAUUCACAAAACUACACAUCUUAUAAAAUGCAAAACUAUCUACCAUGUCAAGAGCAAAAUAAAAAUAGUUCUUUAUGUCAAUAUUCUAAUUAUUCUAUAGUACUCACACGAAGUAAUCAGUAUUCAGAUUAUUCUACACUACCCACACAAAGUGAUGAGUAUUCAGAUUAUUCUACACUACUUACACGAAGUAAUCAGUAUUCUGAUUAUUCUACACCACUCGCACGAAGUAAUCAGUAUUUUGAUUAUUCUACACCACCUGUACAAAGUGAUCAGUAUUCAGAUUAUUCAAUCUCACUUGUAUGA